AUGAUUAGAUCCCAGACCAUACGACGAACCAUUGUACAGUCCAUCAAUAGAACUACUAUCAGCAAACGUUUCAUCAUGUCUAAAUCAGAAGAAGAAUGGAGAGCCAUCUUAUCCCCACAACAAUUUCGUGUGUUAAGAGAAUCAGGUACUGAAACUCCUUAUAGUGGUGAAUAUACCAAGACACCAGCUACAGCUCAAGGGGUUUAUGAAUGUGUGGGAUGUCAUCAACCAUUGUAUAAAUCGCUGUCUAAAUUCAUUGCUCAUUGUGGUUGGCCUGCGUUUUAUGAAGCUAUACCAGGUUCAAUUACUGUUAAUAGAGAUACUAGUCAUGGAAUGGUAAGAGAAGAAAUGAGAUGUUCAAAUUGUAAUGGACAUUUAGGUCAUAUAUUUAAAGGUGAAGGAUAUGAUACUCCUACUGAUGCCAGACAUUGUGUUAAUAGUAUUUCUCUUAAAUUUAAUCCAAAAUGA